AUAAUAUCAAUAUUUGCAUCACCUGCUACAUUCAUCUCUGUCUCUUUCAUGUACGUAACUCAUUCAUUUCUUGUUCUCUGCAAGUGAACUUUGAAAUUAAACUUUCUUUUUUCAAGAACGUAAGGGGAGGUUGCAUCCAUGGCUGGCGGUGGCGGAGGAAGAUCUUUGGAGCAAACGCCAACCUGGGCAGUUGCCAUAGUUUGUUUUGUUUUGGUUUUGAUUUCUAUAGUCAUCGAAUACAUCAUCCAUCUUAUAGGAAAGUGGUUAAAGAAGAAACACAAGAGAGCUCUUUAUGAAGCACUUGAAAAGAUUAAAUCAGAGCUUAUGCUGUUAGGAUUUAUAUCCUUACUCCUAACGGUAGGACAAGGUCCAAUAUCAAAUAUAUGCAUAUCAGAAAAAGUUGGAUCAACAUGGCAUCCAUGCAGCAAGAAGCAAGAAGCGAAUUCAAACGAGUCUCAAGUGUCAGCAAAAGAAGAUGAUGAAAACCGCAGGAAACUUCUCACCAUAUCAGAUUCCGGUGGAAAUCUCCGUCGUGUCUUGGCUGGGGCAGCAGCCGACAAAUGUGGUGAGGGCAAAGUACCCUUUGUGUCUUCAGAUGGUAUUCAUCAACUCCAUAUUUUCAUAUUCGUGCUAGCUGUUUUUCAUGUGCUUUACUGUGUCCUCACAAUGGCUUUGGGCAGAGCCAAGAUGAGACGUUGGAAAUCAUGGGAAAAGGAAACAAGAACAGUUGAAUACCAGUUCUCACACGAUCCAGAAAGGUUCAGGUUUGCAAGAGAAACAUCAUUUGGAAGGAGACACUUGAGCUUCUGGACCAAGACACCAGUCCUUAUUUGGAUAUUUUGCUUCUUUAGGCAAUUUGUGAGGUCGGUUCCUAAAGUUGACUAUUUUACGUUGAGACAUGGAUUUAUCAUGGCACAUUUGGCACCUCAAAGCCACAUGAAAUUUGAUUUCCAAAAAUAUAUUAAAAGAUCGCUAGACGAAGAUUUCAAGGUUGUUGUGGGAAUAAGUCCACCAAUUUGGUUCUUCGCCGUCCUAUUCUUACUCUUCAACACUCAUGGCUGGUAUUCUUAUCUAUGGCUUCCAUUUAUUCCACUGAUUAUCAUCUUGUUGGUAGGGACAAAGCUACAGGUGAUAAUAACCAAAAUGGCACUGAGGAUUCAAGAGAGAGGAGAGGUUGUGAAGGGUGUGCCGGUGGUUCAGCCCGGAGAUGACCUCUUCUGGUUCAACCGUCCCCGCCUCAUUCUUUUCCUUAUCAAUUUUGUUCUCUUUCAGAAUGCCUUCCAGCUUGCUUUCUUUGCAUGGAGUUGGAAAGAAUUUGGGCUAAAAUCUUGUUUUCAUGAACAUUUGGAGGAUAUAAUCAUCAGAAUUUCAAUGGGGGUGCUUAUACAAAUACUCUGCAGCUAUGUCACUCUCCCUCUCUAUGCCCUUGUGACACAGAUGGGUUCAUCAAUGAAACCAACCAUCUUCAACGAGAGAGUAGCUGCAGCUCUAAGAAAUUGGCACCAAACGGCUAAGAAACAGAUCAAAAGGAACAAGGGGUCUGUCACCCCAUUGUCUAGCAGACCACCCACACCAUCCCACCAUAUGUCGCCGGUGCAUCUACUUCGAUACUACCGGAACGAAUUGGAUAGCCUCCAAAAUUCACCUAGAAGAUCAAAUGUUGGGUGGGAAACAGACUCUCCAUCUCCUUCUCACCCCAAUUACGGUGAAGGUUCAUCAUCAUCACAUUAUCCGAAUCACGGUGAAGAUUCAUCAUCGCAUCACUAUUCUUUUCAACAACAAAUUGAGUUAAAUAACGUAAACUAUGAUAGGGAUGCCAAUGAGCCGAGUUCGAGUCAAGUGGCACCAAUUCCAGAACAUGAAAUCAAUGUAGUGCCAAAGGAAUUUUCAUUUGAUAGAAGAGCCAGUGUUUAAGCAAAUCAAGGGUAGAUCAAAUCUCAACUAUGUAAAUAGUUCUACCUGUAAAUCAAUAUGCAUUGCAGAUUGAAUUCCACCAGAUUGGCCAAGGGAAGGAUGAGAUCACAAAUUUUGCAUUGCUUUGUAUAGUUAUUUUAUCUGGAAAAUAUGGAAGGAAUACAUAUGUAAUCAUCAGGGAAAUUCUUACCUAGAUCCGGUCUAUUAUUAGGGAAAAUAUGGUGAAAUACAUGUACUUAAUAAGUGGGUCCCACCAUAUACUCUGUGUGUUUGAUUCAUAUAGACCUGGUCUAAGUACUUAAUAAGUGGGUCUCAUUAACAUUUC